AUGGAGGAAGAGAAGGCGGCGGCGUACUACGACGAGCUCAACCGCAAGGGCGAGGGCGCCCGCCGCUUCAAGCAGGGUCUCGGCUUCUCCUCCGACGAUCCCCAACCUGCCUCCUUCCCAUCCAAGCCCUCCACCACCUCCUCCUCCUCGUUCCUCUCCGGCUUCGUCCGCGCCGGCGCCACCCCCACCCCCACCAGGCCGUCUCUGCCUCCCGAGGCCCCGCCCCGCCAGCGCCGUCGCUCUCGCUCGCCCUCCCCAUCCCGUCCUCGGCCGCGGUCGAGGUCCCCGUCUCGCUCGCGCCGGCGCCGGUCAAGGUCUAGGUCCCGGUCGAGGGAGCGGAGGCGCCGGUCGAGGUCGAGGGAGAGGGGGGACCGCAGGGCGUCGCACCACCGGCCUAGGUCGAGGUCGCGCUCGCCGUUUCGCCGGAGUGGCAGGAGCUCACAUGCCGAAGGCCGGCGUGACAGGCAUGGGGAUCGGCGGCGCGACGACGGCGGCCAGAGCCGUCAUAGCUCGAAGGGGCGCGGCGGUACGGAUGGCGGUAAAGUGGACUACUCAAGGCUCAUUGAAGGAUACGAUAGGAUGACUCCUGCUGAGAGAGUCAAAGCAAAAAUGAAGCUUCAGCUUUCAGAGACAGCUUCGAAGGAUUCCACCCUCGGAACUGCCACUGUGAGUUGGGGGAGGUUUGAAUUCAACAAAGAUGCUCCACUUGAUGAAGAUGACAAUGAUGUUGAAGUUGCUAAUGAUGAUGCUACACUGGUUAAGCACAUAGGGAAGAGCUUCCGACUUUCUACGGUGGAGUCAAAGAAUGAGAACAUAGUCAGAGAUGCACAUGAUGAGGCUAUGUUUGGUGUACCUAUGUCUUCGAAUGUUGAUACGGAAACAUCUGAGGAUGAGCUUAAAACCAAUGGUGAAGGCAAGAAAGCUGAAGAUGUUGAAGCUCAACCUAGCAGUUCCCUCAUUAGCGAUGAAGUUCUGGCAAUGCAAAAGAUGUCAUGGAGAGAAAGGAUGGAGAAGCUGCGGCAGAAUUCAAAUACAUGA